AGGUUUAGACGUCUUAAAACUUGUGAAGAAGAAGAAACGUGUGUGGCCGGUGCUAUACCUAAGUCUACCCGAUAUAAAAACAAAUGGGCGGCUGGCAUUUUUGAUAAUUUGCAAAGAGCUCGAUUUCCUAAAGUUGCAACGUUGUAACCGGCUGGUCUCUUUAAUAAGGGACCUCACGAAAACUACGACGGCGAGGGCAACGGGAACGUCAAAAAAGCAAUAGGUUUAAUCAGCAAAAUAACAACUCCGCACUUGCAUUAUUUUUUGUAAAUUUCUUUCCCGUUGCUGCACAACUACUACGUGAAAUGGCCAAAUUGUAACUUUACUUGAGAACGGGAACGGCAAGGCGAUAAAUUCUACCAUCUCUGUCUGAACUCGCUACCACCUCUCUUCGCUCCAUCUUAAAAUCUCGUCUUUUAAGUAACAGUCGACAGGGGAUAAUCGUAAUAGGUUUGAAAGGACGCGAAAUCUAUUUUUCAGCGACGUUUGCGUUUUCAUGGACGUCGCCGAUGUUGGAUAGUAAGGUCCCUAUUAAUUAUGAUCUGCACAAAAUUCAGUCCUCGGAAGUUUCGUUAGUUCAAAUGGGUGCUUUAAGCCUUAAUUACUGGCUGACGUGA